AUGGCUGAAGGUCGCAGCUCUUACCUUUGUGACAGAUGUGGGAGAAUAUUAGCAAUAAAUUGUGACCUCAAGAGGUACAACCAUGCCCACAUGGUAGUAAAGCCAUACUCCUGCAAAGCAUGUUGUCAAGCGAUUGGUGCAAAGGAAAAGGUCAAAAGACGAGCCAACACAGGCGUGAAAUCUUACAGCUGCCAGUUGUGUUCGAAAACUUUUUCACAAAAAACUAAUCUCACUGUACACAAAAAAAUCCAUGAGGGCGAGAGGUCGUUUAUGUGUCAAUUUUGUUCCCGAGCUUUUAGCACCAAGAGGAACCUUCUAUCGCACGAGUUGACCCACGCGAACAUAAAACCCUUCGGCUGUACAAUUUGUUCCAAAAAGUUUACCUACAAGGGAAGUUUAGUAGUUCACGUGAAGACCCAUACAAACCCAAAGUUUUACACCUGUGGAGUGUGUCAAAAAAGUUUCAUUCGCAAGAAUUAUCUCAAAUUGCACAUGCGGACCCAUUCGGGAGCUAAACCGUUUAGCUGCAACGAGUGUUUGCUAUCCUUUAAUCACAAAGGUAAUUUCAAUGCACACAUGGGCCAUGUACAUGUCCACCACUGCACCGAGUGUUUACUGACUUUUGUCCGGCCCCACGAGUUGAAAGUUCACAUGCGCGACCAGCAUCCUUUUACCAUCAAGGACAAAAAUUGA